UUCCCGUUUGAGUCCGCCCCCUCUUUAGAACUCGCGACAUAACACCCUGGCGUCUCUUGGGAGAUUUGAAUGUAUUUCUUAAACUUUUACAAAAAAAUUGAUUUUAAUUUUGGAGACUCGACUGCAUUGCCAUUUGCCAUGUAGGAGCGGUUUUGAUAAAGGUGUUGUUCUUUUAAGUGAGAAGAGGGGUGUGAAAGAAUGGACGUCUUGAGAGGGAAAUGGAAGGAAAAAUGCAUUCUGAACGUUUGCGCUCUGCUCGUAUUGUGCUGGUCAGUAGACCCCUCCCUCUCGGCACCACCACCUCCUAGGACCCAGGAGUUUCAAUGCCCUGAGGGGAGUCAUUACCGCAAUGCUAAUGGGACAUGCUGUCGAAAGUGCCAUGAAGGGUUUAAGUUGAAGGAGGACUGCACUAAAGAGGGUGAAGAGAGCCAAUGUGAACCCUGUAAAGAGGGCAGGACAUACCUAGAGAGGAGUAACUACGCCAAGAACUGCCUCCGUUGUACAAGCUGUGAUGACAAUGAGGAAGAGGUGUCGCCAUGCAAGAAGAGUCAGAACACAGUGUGUCGCUGCAUUGAAGGCUUCUACAAAAAUAGAAUAAACUCGGGAACACGGGAGUGCCUUCGUUGCAAGACAUGUGGACCUGGAGAGAGAGAAACACAACCCUGUACUCCAGAGAGGGAUACAGUGUGUGAAUGUAAGGACAUCCGAAACAAGAAAAACAACAGGAACUGUCUUCCAUGCCAAAAUUGUAGAUCAGCUGACUGUCAGCAGGAGUGUGCUUCAGGCACAGAUCCCACUCCCAAACCCGAAGACACUGGAUGGGGUGUUUGGUCUCCCUACCUAUUGGCUGCGUUCGGCUGUGUUUGUGUGGUGCUGCUGGUGGUGAUGGGGAUCAUGGGCGUACUAGUGGUCCGACGGAAACCGAAGGGGUCAAGCUCCUUUCUCUCUGCUGAGAUCACCUCUCAGGGCUCCGAGAAGUCUACUCGGAGGCUGAUCCAAGAGGACCCAGAGAACGUUCUCAACCAGAGUAUUCCUUCAUGUAGCCCAGUGUGUGAGUGUGAACAGGAGCCCCUCAGCAAGCUACCGGACUGUGUCCCCAAGGAGAUCAAGAUCUCUGAGUUGAUCUACUCGGUGUUGGAUCAAGUCCCCCCGCGCCAUGUGAAGGAGCUGGUGCGUUCGCUGGGUGUGAGUGACAUAGUGAUAGAGAGGGCUGAGAAUGACCACCCCCGUGACACUAAGGAAGCCCAGUACCAGAUGCUGAGGGUCUGGGCUAAGGGAAGUGCGCAGGGAGGGGGAGGGGUGCUAGCACGCCCUCUACUGUACCAUCUGCUGGAGAAGCUGAGAGACAUGGACCUGGGAGGGACUGCAGAGGAGCUGGAGACCAUGUAUGGAGAUCAGUAGAGGGAGAGAGAUGCAGACUGUAUAGACCAUGUAUGGAGAUCAGUAGAGGGAGAGAGAUGCAGACUGUAUAGACCAUGUAUGGAGAUCAGUAGAGGGAGAGAGAUGCAGACUGUAUAGACCAUGUAUGGAGAUCAGUAGAGGGAGAGAGAUGCAGACUGUAUAGACCAAGUAUGGAGAUCAGUAGAGGGAGAGAGAUGCAGACUGUAUAGACCAUGUAUGGAGAUCAGUAGAGAGAGAGAGAUGCAGACUGUAUAGACCAUGUAUGGAGAUCAGUAGAGGGAGAGAGAUGCAGACUGUAUAGACCAUGUAUGGAGAUCAGUAGAGGGAGAGAGAUGCAGACUGUAUAGACCAAGUAGGGGACCCUUACAGGUUUCUCUUCUCUAUGUCGAAUCAAAAGAGAAACCGAGAGGGACCAAGACUAUUUAUCAUAUGUAUAGGAUAAUUAGGGGAGGGAGAGAGAGAGAUGGGGGAGGUGCUAAUGGGGAGAGAGAGAAGAUCAACCACAUCCCCUUGUCCCUGACCUCACUUGUGUAGUCCUGAGAGAAUAGGAUUGGUACAGUGUAAGCAAUAUGGUAGUUGUUCCACCUGGUCCAGAUCUGAUAGACUAGGUGGAAGUGUUGCCAUGCUUUCACAAUAUGUCAUAAUGUAUUAUAUAACCCUUUGGCAGUGAUUCUGAUUAUUGAUUGCCAGCUGUAACUUAUACUGUUCUCAUAUGUUUUUGUUUAGGUUUUUUGUUGCACAUUCAAACCAAUGAGUGAGGAAUCGUAUGUUACAAAGCAGUUUUAGACAGUGCUGUUUGUAAAACAGGCAAACUUGUAAUGUGUCACACACAGGUAUGAGAACCACACUAAGAAUUGAGUUAAAUAUUGUGUUUAGAGUAAUACAGAUUUAACACCCAUCUAUAGUAUUACAGUUCUAUAUUACUGAGUAUUAGGUGGCGACAGGUAGCCAGUAACUGAAAGGUUGCUGUUUCGAACCCCUGAGCUGAUAGCGUGAUAAAAAUCUGUCUGUGCCCUUGAACAAGACACUUAACCAUAAUUUCUCCUGUAAAUCGCUCUGGAUAAGGAUGGCUAAAAUGUAAAUGUGAAAUGUAUUAUUUACUAGUGUUGCAGUAGUACUCAAGCUAAUAUUUAGAUAGGGAAGCUAAAAGCUAUACAGAUUCCUUCUGUCUCUAUCUUGCAUUAAUAAACCACAAACAUAUCAAAAAGAUAUUAGCAUUAUAUGUCAUAUUUGAAGUCUUUGUAUUGGUUUGUAUAUGGUUAUUAAUACUACAUAGGAGGAUGUUGUAUAUUUGAAUGGUUCUUUGAUAAGUUGCUGCUUGGGCGUGAAGAUCAAACUACUGUAGAUUUGCUGUCUUUUACUACUGUCUUGAUGUACAUAUUCUUGUUUUACAAAAUAGGUUAGGUAUGUAUCAAUCUGUCAUAUUUCUUCUCACUGUACCAUAUUCACUGUACUAUUCAAUCACACCCAUCCAGGUUGUCUCUGUGCCAUGGUUUUUGAUUACCACAAGUGAUUGAUUCUUAUAUCUGUACAGUAAUAGUUGUGUCAGUACUGUUAGGGCACAGACAGGUCUUCUGUAGGUGUUAUCCCUGAGUUAUUGACAUUACUUAAAGGCCCAUCAUCAUGCUGCCCUUAUUCAGGAUCACUUAGUCAGAGGACACACCUGUCACUCUGCAGGGUUGACUGAUCUCUGGGAGACAACAUGGAAACUAGGGAUGGAUAGAGUGGCAAGAAAAAGUAUGUGAACCCUUUGGAAUUACCUGGACUUCUGCAUAAAUUGGUCAUAAAAUUUGAUCUGAUCUUCAUCUUAAGUCACAACAAUACACAAACACAGUCUGCUUAAACUAAUAACACACUAACAAUUACACAUUUUCAUGUAUUUAUUGAACACACCGUGUAAACAUUCACAGUGCAGGGUGGGAAAAGUUUCUGAACCCUUGGUUUUAGUACUGGUUGACCCUACUUUGGCAGUAAUAACCUCAACCAAACACUUUCUGUAGUUGCGGAUCAGACCUGCACAACGGUCAGGAGGAAUUUUGGACCAUUCAUCUUUACAAAACUGUUUCAGUUCA